UCAAACAAUUCACUGGUGAUUGAUCUUCUACUCCAUUUGCCUGCUCGGUUCUACUCGCAGCCCCCCUCACACGGCACAGAUAAGUAAAGCUUACUCCCAGGAAAAAACGGAAAAAUCGCAUUUUCCUACUCUUGUUAUCCAUUUCCUUCACUUGUAAGUCACUGCUCCUUUCCCUCCAGAGAAGAACUAGAGCAGCUUCUAUGGGUUUUCCAUUCUUCCACCUUCUUCUGUUUCUCAUCUUCAACCCUUUUCUUCCUCCUCCUGUUUCUGGCCUCAAUGUCGAAGGCUUCUCGCUCCUUACCUUCAAGGGAUCCAUUACACAGGACCCUGAAGGCUCCAUGGCUAACUGGAACUCUUUUUCUCAGGACCCUUGUUCCUGGAAUGGUGUGACAUGUAAGGCUGGACAAGUUUUCUCCUUGAGCAUUCCUAAGAAGAACCUUGUAGGUUCUAUCCAUCCUUCUCUAGGCUCUCUUCAAUCUCUAAGACACAUCAAUUUAAGGAAUAACAGGCUCUUUGGAUUUCUGCCACCGGAGAUUUUCUCUGCUGGGAAACUUCAAAGCUUGGUCCUUUUAGGUAAUUCCUUAACUGGGUCUCUUCCUUCUGAGAUUGGCGCUUCGUCUUACUUACAAGUUUUAGACCUUUCCCAUAAUUCUUUCUUCGGUUCCCUGCCUAAUUCAUUGUCCAACUGCACAAGGUUAAAGAUUCUUGAUUUGAAUAAUAACAAUUUUACGAAUUUUCUCCCCAUUGGCUUUGGAAGCAGUCUGCUUGCUCUUGAAAAGCUAGACCUUUCUUAUAAUAAAUUCAAUGGCUCCAUACCUGCUGACAUCGGGAAUCUCUCAAACCUCCAAGGAACUGCUGAUUUCUCCCAUAAUCUGUUUUCUGGGCUGAUUCCAGAGAGCCUCGGCCAUCUUCCUGAGAAGGUUUAUAUAGAUCUGACAUACAACAAUCUAAGCGGCCCAAUACCACAGAAUGGCGCUUUAGAGAAUAGAGGACCAACUGCCUUUAUUGGAAAUCCCGGCCUGUGUGGCCCUCCUUUGAAGAACCCAUGCUCCUCUUCUGAUCCUUUUCUUCCCAAGGAAAUCACUACUUCUCCUCCCAACCAAAUGGGCUAUAACUCAAUCAAAAAUGGCGAUAGAAGAAGUAGGCUGUCCUUCAGCCAAACAGCUGCAUUAGUUGUGAGCGAUGUGGUUGGGAUUUGUUUGAUUGCGCUGGUGUUCUUCUACUGUUAUUGGAGGGCGAUGGCUUCAAAAAAGAAUCAAAGUUGUGCCAUUUCUGACAAAGAAGUUUCAAAGACGAAGAAGGAAUGCAUUUGCUUUAGCAAGGAUGAAUCCGACACAAUAUCUGAGAAUGUAGAGCUUCUCGAUCUCGUGUCAUUGGAUCCUCAAAUGAGUUUAAGAUUGGACGAGCUCUUAAAAGCUUCGGCCUUUGUGCUCGGCAAGAGUGGGAUUGGAAUUGUGUACAAGGUUGCAUUAGAUGAUGGCUUAAUUCUAGCCGUUAGAAGAUUGGGAGAUGGAGGUUUGCAGAGGUUUGGUGAGUUUAAGGCUGAAAUAGAAGCUAUUGGGAAGGUGAAGCAUCCUAAUAUUAUUGGUUUGAGAGCCUAUUAUUGGUCGGUAGAGGAGAAAUUGCUUGUUUAUGAUUAUAUACCGAAUGGCAAGCUUUCUUCGGCAAUUCACGGCAGAGGUCCCAUGGCUUCCCAGCCACUCACCUGGGAAAUAAGGCUAAAAAUCAUUAAAGGAAUAGCCAAGGCCUUGUCCUUCCUCCAUGAAUUUAGUCCAAAGAAGUUCAUACAUGGAAACCUCAGAACAAACAACAUACUUCUCGGUCAAAACAUGGAACCGUACAUCUCCGACUUCGGACUCAGCCGCCUCACAAUCCCCUCUGGUUCAUUCCCAUUAGCCCAACAAGAUAGAAUCACAGCAAAGAAGCAUAAAAAACAUAAAUUUGAAAUCUCUGCAAGCUCUGCCGCAUCAUGCUACCAAGCUCCUGAGGGUCUGAAAACCAUAAAACAAUCUCAGAAAUGGGAUGUUUACUCUUAUGGUGUCAUAUUGCUUGAACUGAUUUCUGGUAGAUCUCCAGUCGUUCUGCUGGAGACAUCAGAGAUGGAUUUAGUGCAGUGGGUUCAGUUCUGCAUUGAAGAAAAAAAGCCGCUUUGUGACAUACUGGAUCCUUUCCUGGCUCGCGAGCCCGGUGAGGAUGACGAAAUCGUUGCGGUGCUUAAGAUUGCCUUGGCUUGUGUACAGACUAAUCCGGAGAGGCGGCCAUGGAUGCGGAAUGUUGUGGAUGCGCUGGAUAGGCUGAGGGAUGCAUGUCAUGGAAGCUCGAUUCGUGGUCUGUGAUGGCUUCGAGCAAUGGAUGAAAUCUGAAGCUGGAUUGUUGAAGUAUGAGAUUGUAUUUAUGUUUUGUAAUCUUCAAUUGAAUGCCAUGUGCUGGCUUAGAAGGUAGAUUUGCUUAAAAACAAUGGCCAACAAAGUGAUUGUGGCAAAAUUACAUGUUUGUAUAAGAUUUGUAGUAUUAAGUAAAGAAGAUGUUAUCACG